AUGUAUGCCAAAUGGUUUGAUACAGUAAUGUUUAACUAUGUGAUUUUAGUGAUUUUAGUGAAUGUCACUUUUUGUCAUUUUUAAUAUCCCACUGUUCUGUCCCUCGUACGCCCCGACGCUCAAAGGGGAUGGAACCCAGAAGACAGAUGCCGGCAUCCGCCGGAUUACAUUGCCGGGGACAAUGCAGGAGGGACAUCUCGGGAGUGCAGGACAAGGUAAGUGAUCGAGGGAUCGUGGAGCAGCGCCGCAUAGUAUUCCCGAGUGUAGCUCGGGGUUACCGCUUCUGCUACACUCGGGAAUACCGCCAAUGAGGUUA